GUAUAUGACCGACAAUCACGGGCCGGUUUAAAUAGCCAUACUUUUUAACGGAGUACGUCAUGAAGAUAGGCGAGACUGUAGUUUACUCUCAUCAUACCCCCAGGAGGCUCUGCUUCCCAGCCCCUUUGUUCAGUCUAGCCGGUGGGUUGAGUCAGAGGGAGGCUGUGCUAAACCCCACAAACCCACACCGCUGUGGGAACACCGAUCAGCGCGAGAAGAGGCCGAAAAAUUAGCCGAGGUUACCCGGGACUCCAGAUCGAGACUGUUUAAUCAGAGCCAGACAACAGAAAAGUUGCUUUUGAGUGUUGCUGAUGCUGCGUUUCAUUUCGGAAACCACCGGGACGUGUGUGCCUGUGUUUCGGCUACCAAACGGCGAUACAUGUCGAUUCUCUUGGCUCUCCGGUGGCUGCUUUAGCUAUCGCCCUGAAAAAUGAACCGGCAGGCUAACUGCUAAGCCAUCGCCGGUCUGUUGCUGACUCUGUGCAGUUGUUGCCAUCAUCCGCUGAUCCACGCGGACUCUCCCUUUCAGUUUGUGCUCAGCAUCCAUAUUUGCAUCCCAGGGAGUGGCAACCACUAAUCCCCCCCUUUCCUGGGAAGAAAAUUCAAAGUUGGCCGGCUGUCGGACACCGCUCGGACGCUCUGAUUUCACAUAGAAAGCUAAACAUGGAGCGCGACAGCCACCACUCCCACAUCUAGUGCCUGAUCCACAAGCCUUCAUCACCCGGGGAGGAGCUCUCAGGUCCUGGCCGUCUCCCUGCUACUGUAGAAUGAAUAUGCUCAAGUCCAGUGGACUGAAAAUCCCUGGCCGGGGGCCCAAGCAUUCCAGCCCAGUGGGAAGGACCUCAGCGGGUGGAACCUCCAGCCCUGUCGUCCCUAAAGACAACUGUCCACUCAAGCCCACCACACCAACUAAAAUCUCUGAGGAGGGUGAUGAUGUUUUGGGGGACUACACAGUCGGUGAGCAGGUUUGGGUUAACGGCGUCAAACCCGGAGUCAUUGCCUACCUGGGGGAGACCCAGUUUGCCCCGGGCCAGUGGGCAGGCGUGAUACUGAAUGACCUAGUUGGCAAAAACGAUGGUUCGGUGGGCGGAGUGCGCUACUUUGAGUGCCAGCCCCUCCAGGGCAUCUUCACGCGACCCUCCAAGCUCACCCGACAGCCGGUCGGAGAGGGAAGCGACAGCCACUCCACAGACUCAGUCUCUGCUCAGAAUCAGACUCAGCAGGGCGGCAGCGGCGCCCCCACUGGCCAGCGGGUGGUGGUGCCGCUCAGAGAAGGCCUGCUCAACAGCGCGGUGAAAACAGGCAACGAGUCCGGAUCCAACAUGUCCGACAGCGGUUCUGUCAAGAAAGGUGGGGAGAAGGAUCUUCGAGUUGGUGAUCGAGUUCUGGUGGGAGGCUCUAAGAUGGGAGUCAUACGCUACAUGGGAGAGACAGACUUUGCCAAGGGUGAAUGGUGUGGGGUGGAGCUGGACGAGCCUCUGGGGAAGAACGAUGGUGCUGUAGCUGGUACAAGAUACUUCCAGUGUCUUCCCAAGUUUGGCCUUUUUGCUCCCAUCCACAAGGUGAUCCGCAUCGGCUUCCCCUCCACAAGCCCGGCAAAGGCUAAGAAGAGCAAGCGGGUGGCCAUGGGGGUUUCCUCUCUGGCCCACAGCCCCAGCAGCUCCUCCAUCAGCUCAGUCAGCUCGGUGGCCUCCUCCGUGAGUGGACGACCGAGCCGAGCUGGGCUGCUGACGGAGACGUCAUCUCGCUACGCCCGUAAGAUCUCUGGCACCACCGCGCUCCAGGAAGCCCUGAAGGAGAAGCAGCAGCACAUCGAGCAGCUGCUGGCCGAGAGGGACCUGGAGCGAGCCGAGAUGGCCAAGGCCACCAGCCACAUCUGCGAGGUGGAGAAGGAGCUGAGCGUCCUCAAGGCGCAGCACGUGCAGUAUGUAACAGACAAUGAGAGCACCCUCCAGCAAGUCAAAGCCUUGUUGGCCAGCACGCAGAAAGAUAAACUUGAACUGGCCAAUCAGCUUGAAGAAGAGAAAAGGAAAGUGGAGGACCUCCAGUUCAGAGUGGAGGAGGAAUCCAUCACCAAAGGAGACCUGGAGGGAAGAUGCACUCAUGAUGCAGUAUCCUUGAGGUUGGGUAAGAGAACCAAGCAAACCACAGUUGAAGAGCAGAGUCGUAUCAUGCAGCUGGAGGAGGAGCUCGGCCACCGGAGAGCCGAGAUCGAGAACCUCCAGGCCCAACUGCGAGGCUCUGACACGAACUCGCAAAAAGCCAGCGACAGCGACGCUGCCCCGGCCUCCGAAUCUCAGCCCGAGACCCUCCUCCUGCGCGAGCAGCUCGCAUCAGCGGGCCGUGAGCACUUCAAGGAGAGCAGCGAGCUUAAAGAGAAGUACGAGAUGGAUUUAGCAACGAGCCAGCAGGAGAUAGACUCGCUGAAGGCGGUGGUAGAUAACAAGAACCAGGAGAUCAGUGAGAUGAAACAGAAAGUCCAACAGGCCACCAAGGAAAACAUGGAAAUGAUGGACACCUGGAAGGCCAAAUUUGACACUUUAGUAAGCGACCACCAGCGUUCCUUGGAGGAACUGAAGGCCACAUUGAGUAGUGAUCAUGCUACCCCAGCAGGCCAAGAGCAGGAUGCCCAGGAACUGAGAGCCACUCCGGAGGCCCUGAAGAUGGAGCACCAGCUGGAGAUGGAGAAUCUGAAGGCCAAACAUAAGAUUGAAGCUGCCAUUCUGACCAAGGAGCGCGAAGACCUCUGCAUUCGUCUUCAGGAGCUCAAGGACCAGUUGGCUGAGGGCAGCCAGACGUGGAGGACCGAGGUGGAGGUGAAAAGCAGCAAGCAGGCCUUGGAGGAGGCUACGGAUAAGCUACAGAAGGCGGAGCAGAGGCUGGCGGAGAUGGAGAAACUGCAGCUGGAGCAGGACAAAAGCACAGGGGAGCUGCGAGAGAGACUGGAGCUGUCAGAGAAGAAGAUGAAGGACUACCAGGCUCUGCAGAAGGCCCAGGCAGACAGCCAAGAGGAGAUCCGGAAACUGGAGGAGAAGCUGAGGGUGACGGCGAACCAGCUCCAGGCCAUUCAGGCAGACCGCUACACAUCCCAUGAUGCCAAUGUGAUAGAGGACAAUGAAAUUUCAGAAGAGAAGAUGAAGCUAAAACAGAACAUCGAAGAAACCAUGGAGAAGUUGUUGAAGAGGGAAAAAGAGGUCUCGACUCUCGCGUCCCAGGUUGAAGCCCUCAAAUCCCAGAUGGCAGCACUGGAGGGCAAAGUUCGCUCAGGGGAAAGGAAAGCUGAAGCCCUGGCCAAGGAGAAGAUGCGUGUGGAGGCAGAGCUGGAGUCCAUGACCAGGAAGUCCCACGAUGCCUCUGGGCAGCUGGUCCACAUCAGCCAGGAGCUGCUGAAGAAAGAGAGGAGUUUGAACGAACUGAGAGUGUUGCUCCUGGAGUCACAUCGCCAUUCACGGGACAUGGAGAAAGACCUGAACCGAGAAACACACAAGGCCGAGUGGAGGGUGAAGGAGCAGAAGCUUCAGGAUGACAUCAAGAGCCUGCGAGAAAAGCUGCUCCUACUGGGUCGGGAACGGUCUUCACCUGACCACCGGCGCUACUCCAUGCUGGACCCCUCGGCCCUGGACUCAGAGGUGACCCGCCUCCGCCAGCGGCUGCUCAGCACCGAGGACGCCCUGAGGAACGCCUUGGACCACAACCAGCAAGUUGACCAGCUGGUCCAGGCCAUGCGAGGGCAUCCGGAUAAAAGCCUGGCGCACGGUGCAAAUUCAGCCAAUGGAAUUCAUCAUCAGGAGUCGGACAGCCCUCAAGAUGAACAACACUGAUGCGAGCAGGAGAGAUUAGACCGACCUGGGACGUGCAGAGGCACAUCCAAAAGAAAAGCUCGUCCGACUUUUCCCCUGCUCCUGUGACGGACACCCGAAGAACAUUUCAGUAUACAGUUAAUACCAAAACAGCGAAUCUUUAUCUCAAGUGAAUUUAUGUGUUUGUUGCAGAAAGCACCUAUUAGCCAAUCAUGAAGACCGCUUAAAGUACUAUAAAAUAUACGGACACGAAGAGAUAUUAUUGGUACAACUCCUGAGAACGUUUGAUGCUUUACAGUAGUUAGUUUGAAUCUACAAGUUGCUGGGAACUCUUGAGACAAUUCUGAAUUUUGAUCCGGGAGGCAAAACGGCUGAAGGACAACGAUGUGAAGAAGUGAAGAAUUGGGUCCCAGUCAUCUUUGUUUCUUUUAUUUAUUACUUUUAAUUUGUUCCUCAGCCUUGUAAUAAUCCUCUUUGGUUGAGCUGUCAUGGCCAGUGAUAACUCAGAGCAGCUCGUAAAGGACGACACCAGUAUUUUUUGUCGGGGGAGUUUGGCUCAUUUGUCACCUUAAUACCUGAUGAGAGAAUUGGUAGUGGACUCAUUACAAUUGGCUGUGUCCAGUGUUCACGCUCCAGCCUUAUGUAGUCCACAGUACCAUAAGUAAUCUGGGGCAACUGGUGUUAUUGGAAGUAUUAAAAAGAACCUUUAAAGUAAUAAUGCAGUCAGUCUGCAGGGAAUUUCUUCAAAUUUAGCACAAAUGUCCACUUGGUCUCCAGGAUGAGCUGAUUAGAAUUUGAUGAUCAAAGGUCACUGUGAGCUCACAAAACCUUUUUUUUUGGCACAAUGAAAAAGUUCAUGCGCAGAUUAUGACAAAAUCUCACACAAAUGUCUAAUAGGAUGAAAUUAAACUUCGCUGUGACAUCGUGAUAUUUUCAGUCCGUUAUUCAACAGCAGAACUCAGGAACAGUAGGGCAGAACUGUGACCAGAUUUCACGUCAGGUCAGACACUGAACCGGUGACUCUAGUCUUGGGUGUCCAACUUGAAACUAUGCUGAUCAUAUAGUCUGAUCGUCCGCUUCAUACACGUCAAUAUAGUGAUAACUUCCAUUUUGCCAAGAACUGCACUUGUUACUUUUAUUAAAUUCCUUCAAAAUCUACUUCAGCAUAUACUGUAUGAGUCUGAUGUCUUAAUCAUUUAUGAAGUCAGUUGUUGCGCUUAUACUAUAACUUACGUUAUAGUACUCUUGAAGUAUCCAAAAUAAAGAUUUUUUUUACUCUCUAAAAGCCAUUUCAGGGUUGCAUUACUUUUACAUGAGCAAGCACAACAAGUCUUUGUGUUGGGGAAAAAAAGAUGGAGAAUGUGGAGGCACAACACAAAGUAACUUUUGGAGUUCGUUAUCAUACGCAAACAAUAGUCGGUUCUCAAACAGUUUAGCUUAUGUUUGCAUUUGUUGUACAUUUGCUUAGUACCGCUGCUAUGAUCACCUUCAGUCUAAUACAGGCUUAAUUAUUAAUGUUACCAUAAUAUUUUCUAACUCAUCCACCAGGAGUUCUGUACAGUACAGAUGACCGCCAGUCCUCUCUUCAGGUAUUGCUAAGGUGGCUAUUGGGCCAGUCUCCUGAAAGGCAGUUCCUUUAAGCCAUUGCACAUCAGUGGACUCCCUUCUAGUUUAAUGUUCCAGAAACUGGGAGGCCUGCUGAACUCAGCUCUGAGUUAUGUUACAGUCUGUUUAUAGAAUGAAUAUAGUGAAUUAUUCCAGACUUUUGUGUUCUGUUAAACUCUGUCUGACCCUGUACCAGUACACCUCUUACUCCGUCAGUAAUCGUCAACCAUUUUAAUUGCUGUGAACUAUGACUCCAUCCAUGCACUAGUAUUAAGUAAUUAUACAUGGUACAACAUAGCAGCUCUAGUUGAUGCCCAUUUUGAUGCAGUACCGAUAUGUCCCUGAUUACUUCACUGACCUGCGGUUAAGGACUCUGGACUGUCACAGGCGCCAAAACCCAGACGAUGGAUGUAUGAUGUUACACGUCCCCAUGUCGACAGCAUCUGGAUUUAGUUUGCAAAAAUGUUAUGUAGAAUAAUUUAUACUCUUAAGUCUUCCAAAUAUUGUUUCACCCACAUGUCAACAAAGAUUGGAGAUCCUGUUUGUAGUCGCUGUUGUUUUACAGGAGACAUUACACAGAGGUGACUGGUGUGGAAAGCUUGGAGCCAUGUCUCCUGAGCAAAACACACAGGGCAGGCGCCGGUCAGCUAAGAUGAAACCUACAUUUUCCAUUGGAUAUUGUACAUGGCCUUUUCAUCUGGAGGGUUCGUACCCUUUGGAUUAUUGCUGCAAUGGUUUUGGAGAUUGAGUCAUUAAAUAUUAACAAUGUG